CACUGUUCUAGCGGCGCUCUGACCCUCGGAAUUGCUGUUUCUUUCCCUCCAAAUUUAAUGGGUUUGUUGAUCUUGGUGUAGGAAAGGGGGAAGAGGGGUUUCUGGGAAUCUAUCGAAAAUCGUGGGUUGUAGUUCACAGGGAGAAGAUGAAAAUACAGUGUGAUGUUUGUGAGAAAGCUCCUGCUACUGUGAUUUGUUGUGCGGAUGAAGCGGCGCUUUGUGCGAAAUGUGAUGUUGAAGUUCAUGCUGCGAAUAAGCUUGCGAGUAAACACCAGAGGCUUCUUCUGCAGUGUCUCUCCACCAAGCUUCCUAAAUGCGAUAUAUGCCAAGACAAGGCGGCUUUCAUUUUCUGUGUUGAAGACAGAGCACUAUUUUGUCAAGAUUGUGAUGAACCAAUUCACUCAACCGGUAGUCUUUCAGCAAACCACCAGAGAUUCCUAGCCACUGGAAUCAGAGUGGCCGUGAGCUCAAGCUGCACGAAGGAUGUUGACAAGGUCAAGAUGGAACCUCCAAAUCCAAAGAACCCUCAGGUUCCUGCUAAAGUGCCUUCACAACAAGUUCCCAACUUCACAUCCCCAUGGGCUGUUGAUGACUUUCUCCACUUCUCUGAUCUUGAGUCCUCUGACAAGCAGAAAGAACAACUAGAGUUUGGGGAAUUAGAAUGGUUAGCAGAAAUGGGCCUCUUUGGCGAGCAAGUUCCUCAAGAAGCUUUAGCUGCUGCUGAAGUUCCUGAGCUUCCUACAUCACAUUCAAGUAGUGCACUUGCAUGCAGACCGACGAAGUCGACCAUGUCAUACAAAAAGCCUAGGAUCGAGAUGGUUGAUGAUGAGGAGUUUUUUACGGUUCCUGAUCUUGGAUGAACAGAAGAGAGGCACUGAUGUUGAGUUGGUAUGCCUUAAUGAAUGAUACAGUUUAUAACCUUACAAAAUGUGUAUGUAUGUAGUAUUUAUCGUCAAAAUCUAUGGUUUGAUAGUAUGCAUUAUAGUAGUCUUCUAUUAUCUUGUGGCUAGAAUAUUCGUUCAGUCCGGUUAUUUUUGUUUUGUAUCUUAUUAACCUUAUUGUAACUUUUGGAUCUUUUAUGAAAAAUGUAAGAUUAUUUUAAAGAAUGGCAACACGUGUUCGAGAUUCUUGCCCUCCGAUA